UUCAAGAAUGAGUGAGAGGAAGGCAGGCCUACAGGGAUCUCAGAGGGUUAUGCAGGCCGGGGCUGGGCUAUAAAAAUACCAUUGGCUGUUCCCUAGCACGUCCAAAGUGCAGCCCACAUGUCUUGCCUUUCCAUCCACUACACUGGUUACUCUGCUUAAAAGGGAGCCAGAAGUGUGCAACUCUCAAGAGGAACGAUGGAAGAUUCUAGGCAAACCAAGACCCAAGGGUCCCUGCUCCCUGAAUCUAAGAUGCCAUCUCCCCCACAGAGGUUCACGCUGAUACUGGGGCUGGUGACACUAGUGGCCGCAUUUGGAUCAUCUUUCCAGUAUGGAUACAAUGUCUCAGUCGUCAACUCUCCCUCUGAGAUCAUGCAAAGAUUUUACAACCAAACCUACUAUGAGAGGAAUUCGGUAUAUAUGAGUGAUACAGUCGUGACCCUGCUGUGGUCUGUCACUGUGUCCAUGUUUCCUCUGGGAGGCUUAAUUGGGUCACUCAUGGUUGCCCCGAUGGUAAAUAAAUGUGGCAGAAAGGGGACCUUGCUGAUCAACAACAUAUUUUCCAUUGUUCCUGCAAUUUUGAUGGGAUGCAGCAAAGAGGCCAGGUCCUUUGAGAUAAUCAUCUUUGCCCGAAUUGUGGUGGGAAUAUGUGCAGGUCUGUCCUCCAAUGUGGUCCCCAUGUACUUGGGAGAGUUGGCCCCCAGAAACCUGAGAGGGGCCAUUGGUGUGGUACCUCAGCUAUUCAUUACUGUUGGAAUCCUUGUAGCCCAGAUCUUUGGUCUUCGGAGCAUUUUAGCAACUGAAAAGGGAUGGCCAAUUCUCCUCGGGUUGACUGGGAUCCCUGCAGCUUUGCAGCUGAUGUUGCUGCCCUUCUUCCCAGAGAGUCCCCGGUACACCUUGAUUCAGAAAGGAGAUGAAGAAGGAGCCCGAAAUGCUUUAAAGAAACUGAGAAACUCUGAUAAUAUUGAGGCUGAGAUAGAGGAGAUCCGUAUGGAGGAUGAGAUGGAGAAGGCCGCUGGCAAAGUGUCUGUGCUGAAACUCUUUACCACCAAGUCUCUCAGGUGGCAGCUCAUUUCCAUUAUCAUCUUAAUGGCUGGCCAACAACUCUCAGGAGUCAAUGCGAUAUACUACUAUGCAGACGAGAUCUACAGGGGAGCUGGAGUGACUGAAAACGAUGUCCAGUAUGUCACAGUGGGGACAGGUGCAGUCAAUGUGGUGAUGACCUUCUCAGCUGUAUUCAUUGUGGAGCUCUUAGGGAGGAAGAUGCUCAUCUUGAUUGGCUUCAGUAUCUGCUGCUUGGCCUGCAUCGUGUUAACAGCAGCCCUUUCACUCCAGAAUUCAGUGGCUGGGAUGCCUUAUGUCAGCAUUACUUGUGUUAUCUCCUAUGUUGUGGGUCAUGCACUUGGGCCUAGUCCCAUUCCUUCGCUGAUUAUCACUGAAAUCUUCCUGCAGUCCUCCCGGCCCUCUGCAUUCAUGGUCGGAGGCACUGUCCACUGGCUGUCCAACUUCACUGUGGGGUUGAUCUUUCCUUUCAUUCAGGAGGGUCUCGGUGCCUACAGCUUCAUCAUCUUUGCUGUGAUAUGUCUCCUUACCGCAAUUUAUACAUUCUUCAUCGUCCCAGAGACCAAGGCUAAGACAUUUAUGGAAAUCAACCAGAUUUUUGCCAAGAUUAAUAAAGUGCCAGAAAUUCAGCCAGAGAAACAGGAACUGCAGGAUUUCAAGCCUUCUGUUGCUCUGUAGGAGUCCCUGGCCUACACCAGCUUGCCUCUUUCACUUUUCCAGCUCAGAAUUGGGCCUUUCCAGAAGCAGAGAUGGGUCCUGUACUCUACAGACUGUGGCUCAAGACUCCAGACUCCUGGCAAACUGGGAAUAUCUCUUGAACUCUUUCUAUGGGACAGGACUCACAGCUGCUCUUCAGCCCAGGUUGAGCAACAGCUCCUUUGUGACUUUUUAUCAUAUGAACUUUUUUAAAAAAAAUUUUGGUGAGGCAAUUGGGGUUAAGUGACUUGCCCAGGGUCACACAGCUAGUAAGUGUCAAGUGUCUGAGGCUGGAUUUGAACUCAGGUCCUCCUGAAUCCAGGGCCAGUGCUCUAUCCACUGCACCACCUAGCUGACCCCAUAUGAACUUUUAUACUGAAAACAACCACCAUGGAGAGAUGAUAGGAGUAAAGUUUGGGGACCUUCAGGGGCCUGUGGGUCACCCUGAUACAAUCAGUUUCUUCCUACCAUUUUCUGCCCUGGGAAUAUCAUUCUUAGAAAAUGUCAUGUUAGAAACACAAACACACCAAGACAAAUAGAUGGUUGUGGAUAGUUUGGCUAAGUGGGAGUGUAGAGAAAGGCUCAAGUUCCCAUUCUAACCUUAAUCCAAAAUGUUAUUUGGUAAGGAGAACUCUGAUUGUUUCUAUGUACUCAUUAAAGCAGACUCGAUCAUUUUCCAUUGAAAACAGGCUGUUUCCUGGUAAAUGGUAAUUGGUUACACUAAUAUUCCAAUGUUCUGUGAUCUCAUUGAUUCUGGAGUGUCCCACUUACCCCUGCUACCCUACCAGGGAAGAUUCAUCUUGUGCGAUUCUCAUUUGUGUCCUCCUGAUGGUUUACCACCAGAGCUCCACCCAAUGUAUUGAUUACCUUCCCAUUAUAUUGACAUCAGUCUGGCCUUUCAUUUCCUGAAUGAGUGAGAGGGAAGCAGAUCUAUAGGGAUCUCAGAGGGUUACACAGGCUGGAGCUAGGCUAUAAAGAUACCAUUAACUGUUCCUUGCAUGACCAAAGUGCAAUCCGCAUGUCUUCCUUCCCUUUCUAUCCACUAUACUGAUUACUCUGCUUAAAAGGGAGCCAGAAGUGUUACACUCCUAGAGGAACUAUGGGGAACCCUCAGAACACCUCAGAAGGGGUAAGUCUUUCAGACUGGGCAGAGGCCUAAGGCAAGGGAACUCUUAGAUGACUAACAAACUUGAGCAGGAAUGGGGGGAAAGUGGACAAAGAAAAUAAGAAUUUCUCCAGGGGAAAGGGAGGGAUACCAUAAAUGGAUUCACUGGUAGAUGCUGUUGGAGCUCAGGUAUGUGAAAGGAAACUCAGAAGAGGCCCAACCCCCCAUCCUUGCUCAAAAGACACGUGGAAGAUAGAUGGUACCCUACAGAUAUAAGAAUGUAAGCUCUCUGAGGGCAAGACAUGUUGGUUUUUUUAGCUUUGUAUUCCCAUAGCCUGGCACAGGCAGAAUUGAACUGAAUUGAAUUCCAUCCCUAGCCUGGACUUAUUUGGGGAUCAGAAUAGAUUGGAAAAAGGGCUGGGGGAAAAAUGGAAGAUGGGAGAAGAGUGGAAGAUGGAAUUGGUUUAAAAUGAUCACACAGAAAAAGGGUUAAAAAUAAUGGCGCUAAUACUUUAGAGGUCAUCUGAGAUUUGCCAAGUGUUUUAUAUAUGUGAUGCUAUACUAUCCUCAUAAAAACCUUUCCAGGUGUAGGUACUACAGAUGAGGAAACUGAGGCUCAGAUAAGUUAAGUGACUCACCCAAUGUCUUUUUCUUAGCCAGUGCCAGUACCACUUUAAAAAAAUACUAGACUGCCUUCCUUCACAUUUUUCAAAUUGAUUCCCUUAAUAUUCUUCCAGAUCAGUUUUAUAAUUUCCUAACUCUAUAAAAUAAUUCUUUGGUAGUUGUAUUGACAUGAUACUGAAUAAAUAAAUAAAUUUAGAUAGAAUUGUCAUUUUAUCUUAUUGACUUGGCCUACCAACAGGCAAUUAAUAUUUCUCUAAUUGUUUAGAUCUAUCUUUGUGUGAAAAAUGUUUUGUAAUUGUGUUCAUGUAGUUUUCUGUGUUCGUCUUGGUAGGUAGAAACCUAAGUAUUCUAUACUUACUGUCUGUAAUUAUUUUAAAUUAAAUUUCUCUUUCUCUAUCUUCCUGCUGGAUUUCAUUAGUAAUAUAUAGAAAUCCUAAUGAUUUAUGUGGGGUUUAUUUUAUAUACUGCAACUCUGCCAACAUUAUUCAUUGUUUAACUAGUUUUUUAUCUGCAAAAAGUGAUCAUUUCAUUUCCUUGAGGUCUAUUUUUUUUUAAGUGAGGUAAUUGGGGUUGAGUGACUUGCCCAGGGUCACACA